CGUCACAACCCAUCAUUGUCGGUUUCUUCACAGUAAGACGAGAGUGUAAGAGAAGAAAAUAUUCGAAGAGAAAUGGCAAGUAAGAGUAAGGGACGCAUGUGUGUAGUUGCAGGAUGCAACAACAGACCCUCGGACACCGUUUCCGUCCAUGUUUUCCCUAAGGACAAGCGACAGAGAGCAGCAUGGACUCGAUUUGUGAGACUGACCCGUGCAGACUGGACAGGACCGUCACAGUAUACUGUUGUUUGUAGUGCACAUUUCACGGACGGAUGUUUCGAGGCUCAGUUUUCACUGAUGAGGGAAUUUGGAAUUCCUGCGAAAAAACGCCUCUGCCGUGGUGCGAUUCCAUCGCUUUAUCCUAAGUGGAAAGUGAGCGACCCCAACCUUGCCUUCCUCUCUUCGCCCAAGCCUAAACCCAAGCGCCAGGCUGCCGCCAAGCUGGAGAAAAAUAGGAUAUUAUCAGAAUUGAUACCCGGGUAUGAAAGUACUAGCAAGGCAGUGUCAGAGGAUAGGAUGGAAGUACCUGAGAUUGAAAAGAUGGAAGUAGAUAAUCCAGAACCAGGUGAAACAAUGCCUAAGCGAAAAGGGAAGCGCAACUUAAGGGAAAAGAUGGUGUUGGACAGAAUGAGAAAAAAAGAGAAGAGACGACAGGACCGUCUAGAACAGGCGGAAUCUUUUGUCCUUUGUGGGGAUGUCUCAGCUUCUCUCGCUCUCCAGAGGACACCAUCACAUUGUUUUCCUUCCCUCUGCUAUUUGUACAGUAGACAACGAAUAUCUCUGAGUUGACUAUUGUUCAUCACGAUAUUGACAAUCACUGAUGGAGCCACUUCCAUGCAGAUUAUAUGAUAUUGACUAUCACCGAUGGGGCCACUUCCAUGCAGAUUAUGACGUCAGUGAUGAUGUGGAACCAUUUUUGUAUCUUGAUAACAAUAGGGUUUAAAUCAUAGGAGAUUUAAAUGCUAGUGGUAGGCGGGGCAAAAAAAUCACUGAGAUUUAAAUGUCAGUGGUAGGCGGGGCAAAAAAAAAAGCACUGGGAGAAUUAAGUGCUAGUGGUAGGCGAGACAAAAAAAUCACUGGAAGAUUUAAAUACUAGUGGUAGGCGGGGCAAAAAAAUCACUGGCAGAUUAUAAUGCGAGUGAUGGGCGGGAAACAACAACCGACAAUUACAUUGCAGGAAAUUAAAGUUUUGUAUGACUGUAGAUGGCAACAGAUGUGCUCCCAUAUUUAAUCAUUCCAUAUAAGAAUAUAUAUGUAUUGUGCUAAUUUAUGUCAGAGAUCACAACCAAAGUUAGUUUGCAUAUGUUUGUUUAUUUCUUACCUUAUGCAAUACAUUUGUAUUUUAUUUCAUAUUCCUUAUUUUACAUUUUAUGAAUCCAAUUGUACAAUAUAUUUAUAUACUGCUUUUAUCACUUGUGCCAUUUUACACCCCUGCAUUGUAAAUACUCAGCAGUGGUUGAUUCAUGCUGUGUCAUUUUACGCCCCUGCAUUGUAAAUACUCAGCAGCCGUUGAUUCAUGCUGUGUCAUUUUACGCCCCUGCAUUGUAAACACUCAGCAGCCGUUGAUUCAUGCUGUGUCAUUUUACGCCCCUGCAUUGUAAACACUCAGCAGUCGUUGAUUCAUGCUGUUUCAUUUUACGCCCCCGCAUUGUAAAUACUCAGCAGUUGUUGAUUCAUGCUGUGUCAUUUUACGCCCCCGCAUUGUAAACACUCAGCAGUCGUUGAUUCAUGCUGUGUCAUUUUACGCCCCUGCAUUGUAAAUACUCAGCAGUCGUUGAUUCAUGCUGUGUCAUUUUACGCCCCCGCAUUGUAAACACUCAGCAGUCGUUGAUUCGUGCUGUGUCAUGUCUACUUCCACAGGGAAGUGAGAAUGUGAGUUUUAUUUUCCCCAAGACAUUUAAAACAAACAUUCUGAGGUCUCUUGUACAGUUUCAAAAUUUUUAUCUUGAAUAUGAAAAGUGCUGAUCAUGACAUGCAUGCCUUCAAAGGAUUAAGCAGUUUUUAAUGUAUCAUCAUAGUAUAUUUUUGAUUAAUAAAUAUUUUAUAUAUCAUUUGUCAAAUAAUCUACAUGCUGUAUUAAAGUUUGAUUUUUGAAUGAGCAUUGAAAGAAAUUCUAUGUACUUCCUUUCCUGUGCUGUUUAUUACAAUGGCAUUGUAUUUGUUUUCUCUCCAGAUGUAAGAGUUCUAUCAUGGUUAUGUAUUUACUGAAUUUUCUGUACACUUGUAAGUUGUCUGGUGAUGUGAGAAUGUCCCUGGUGUAUUUACUGAAUUCUCUGUACACUUGUAAGCUGUCUAGUGAUGUGAGAAUGUCCCUGGUGUAUUUACUGAAUUCUCUGUACACUUGUAAGCUGUCUAGUGAUGUGAGAAUGUCCCUGGUGUAUUUACUGAAUUCUCUGUACACUUGUAAGUUGUCUGGUGAUGUGAGAAUGUCCCUGGUGUAUUUACUGAAUUCUCUGUACACUUGUAAGCUGUCUGAUGAUGUGAGAAUGUCCCUGUUUAAAAUCACUGUCAUACCGUGAAAAGGUCAGCAACCUGUUGUAAAAUUAGUGUUAAAUCUAGAGGGGGCACACAUAUCAUAAUUAUGUUCAAAAGGGCACUUUUCGUCGCGGCAAGACAAUUUCGGGGCAUUUUUAUUCUAUCAUACUUUGAUAGUGAUAGAAUAAUCAUUUAGCCUCUUUAAAAGUUAAUACCUGCUGCCUUGAUUUUAAACUUUUCAAUCAACUUAAAUAAAAAAAAAAAAAACAAUAGCUUAUAUUAAAUAUUUUUAAAAAUUAGAGAAAAAAGGGCAUGGUGCAAUUAAAAAGGGCAUGAUGCCAGCCAAAAAGGACAUGGCAGGCGCCAUGCUAGUUUGCUUUAGAUUUAACACUAAAAAUGGUGCUGAAGGCGUGAGCUGGAGUAUGUAUGUCAUGACAAUGCUUUCAAUGAGAUUCAGGUAUAUUUAUUCAACAUAGAUGUGAUCAGUCUGAAUCAGCAAACUCGUGUUCACAAUUUUCUUUAAGGAUAAGUUUAUAACAUGAAUUUGUUGCAGGAAAUCUUGUCAUUGGACUUGUACGUACAGUUUUUUCUAAACAUUCAAGCCACUCUUUUUACAAUUAUGACAAAGUAUGCAAUCAUAAGGAAAGGCAAGUCUUCCCAAAACCAGGAACUUCCUCAAUUUCAGACAUGAUAAUAACAUGUAAGUCAUUCCAUGUUCUAUUUAUAGUACAGAACUAUCAAGAUGCAGUACCACCCUCUAAUUUCUAUGAGUUUUGCUGUAUUCUUUUAUAAUUACAGUAAAAGAUAUCGAGCUCACUUCUGAAGUGGGUCAUACUGAAAUUUGAUUUUCAUGAUUGAAAACUCGAGUAUCAUUAUAUUUAUUUUGUAUAUACAUGUGUGUAUGAAUGUACAGUAAAUGAAAUGAUAUGCCUUUUUACACAAUAAAACUAUGACAUUGAUA